CCUCAGGCCCCUCCCAGGCUCUGAGUCUCCCGGCUGCAGGCGGAUGGAUGGGGCUUCUUCAGGCGGUGGCGGCAGCAGCGAAGGUGGCGGCGGCAGCAGCGGCAGCGGCUAUGGUGUGGUCGCUCGAUUCUCCCAGUGCCUGGCUGAGUUUCGGACGUGGUUAAGAACCAACUGGUUGAGGUUCAAUGCAGACAAGACGGAUGUGAUGCUGAAAAUGUGCAUCAGAUGUUUAUGUUUAAUUGGUUUACAGACUGUCUGUGGACUCUUUUCCUGUCAAAUUACCAGCCAUCUGUUGAAUCUUCAAGUCCAGAAAUGGAUGAAAUGUUUGACUGCCCAUGAAAGUACAGGAGGUUCAGCAACAUCAGAUGACCAUGAAUUUGAUCCAUCAGCUGACAUGCUGGUUCAUGAUUUUGAUGAUGAACGAACAUUAGAAGAGGAAGAGAUGAUGGAAGGAGAAACAAACUUCAGCUCUGAAAUAGAAGAUCUCGCAAGGGAAGGCGACAUGCCAAUUCAUGAACUUCUCAGCCUUUAUGGUUAUGGUAGUACUGUUCGACUACCUGAAGAAGAUGAGGAAGAGGAGGAAGAGGAAGAAGAAGGUGAAGAUGAUGAAGAUGCUGAUAAUGAUGACAACAGUGGCUGUAGUGGGGAAAAUAAAGAGGAGAAUAUAAAGGAUUCAUCAGGUCAGGAGGAUGAAACUCAGUCUUCCAAUGAUGAUCCAUCACAAUCUGUUGCUUCUCAAGAUGCCCAGGAAAUAAUCCGCCCACGUCGAUGUAAAUAUUUUGAUACAAAUAGUGAAGUAGAAGAAGAAUCUGAAGAAGAUGAAGAUUAUAUUCCAUCAGAAGACUGGAAAAAGGAGAUUAUGGUGGGCUCCAUGUUUCAAGCAGAAAUUCCAGUUGGCAUUUGUAGAUACAAAGAAAAUGAAAAAGUAUAUGAAAAUGAUGAUCAGCUCCUGUGGGACCCUGAGUACUUACCAGAAGAUAAAGUGAUUAUAUUUCUUAAAGAUGCGUCUAGAAGAACAGGUGAUGAGAAGGGUGUAGAAGCAAUUCCUGAAGGAUCUCACAUAAAAGACAAUGAACAGGCUUUAUAUGAAUUGGUUAAAUGCAAUUUUGAUACAGAAGAAGCAUUGAGAAGAUUAAGAUUUAAUGUAAAAGCAGCUAGAGAGGAAUUAUCUGUUUGGACAGAGGAAGAGUGUAGAAAUUUUGAACAAGGGUUGAAGGCCUAUGGAAAGGAUUUUCAUUUGAUUCAGGCUAAUAAAGUCCGAACAAGGUCAGUUGGUGAAUGUGUAGCAUUCUAUUACAUGUGGAAAAAAUCUGAACGUUAUGAUUUCUUUGCUCAGCAAACACGAUUUGGAAAAAAGAAAUAUAAUCUUCAUCCUGGUGUAACGGAUUACAUGGAUCGUCUUCUAGAUGAAAGUGAAAGUGCUGCAUCUAGUCGAGCACCAUCCCCUCCCCCAACUGCAUCAAAUAGUAGUAACAGCCAGUCUGAGAAAGAAGAUGGCACUGUAAGCACUACUAAUCAAAAUGGAGUGUCAUCUAAUGGACCAGGUGAAAUAUUAAACAAAGAGGAAGUAAAAGUUGAAGGGUUACACAUUAAUGGACCAACAGGUGGAAAUAAGAAACCACUUCAUGCAGAUAUGGAUACUAAUGGUUAUGAAACAGAUAACCUUACCACUGACCCAAAACUUGCCCAUAUUACUGCAAGAAAUGAAAAUGAUUUUGAUGAAAAAAGUGAGAGACCUGCCAAAAGGCGAAGGGUAAACAGCAAUGGAAAAGAAAGUCCAGGUUCUUCUGAAUUUUUCCAAGAAGCAGUCUCACAUGGGAAAUUUGAAGAACUUGAAAACACAGAUGACUAAAUUUUUGACCUAUUUUACUUUCUUUGGAGUAAAUUCUGGUGUGACUAAAAUUUUCAGGGUUGAUGGGUUACCUUAAAAAGUUGAUUUCCUUGGUGCAGUUUGAAAAUUUGAAUUGAGUCUUAACUUUAGGAAAUGAGGUUUCAUAAUUCUGCCUUUUGCAGAUUUUUUUACUUUAAAGCUGUCAGACUCUUUUAAGGGUAUUUUAAAAAUUAGUAAAUUUGAAUGAACUAAAGAUAUAUCUCUACCUUCUCAUUUGAGUAUCUUUAGUUCAUUCAAAUUUACUAAUUUUGGUAAAUUUGAAUGAACUAAAGAUAUAUCUGUACCUUCUCAUUUGAUGUAUUAAUCAUAAAAUUUCACUACAAGGUAAUUUUUGCUUAGUUUGAUGGAUGAAUGGGAAAAAACUCAAGUCCAAAUUUCUGCUUAAUACCAAUUUCUCUGAGUUUCUUGAAAUGUCUUUAAAACAGACAUUUUUCUCACCAAACAAUUUGAGUAUCUUUAUUAAGGAAACCCUUAUGAAUCCUGAAAAUUAUGCUAGCAUGAUUUUUUUAUAUAUAGAAGUUUAAAAAUAAACCAGGUCAGGUUUGUAUAUGUAAAAUUGUUGACAUCAAUGAUGUCUUUCCAUAUUCUUAUCUGGGCUUAAGAAAUACAUUCUGUAUUUUUCCAGAUUCUUUGUAGCCUUUGAAAGAUUUUUACAGUACAUAUGUCUUGACUGAGCUGUCCUUUCUUAAUACAAAAGCUUGUAUAAUUUUCUUAACUUGUACAGUUGGUAAACUUUUAUGAGAGGAAUUGUUAUUCUGAGUCUGUCAGCUUUCAUUUUAUUUUGCUAAGGUUUUUCUAAUGAAUUUUUAAGUGUUUGUGUAGUAAUUAAGUCAUAUUUCUUAUCCAGGUGGUAAAAGCAUUCAUAAAGGAUUAUAAAUUUUUUUUUUUUUUUUUUUUUUUUUUUUUUUUUUUUUUUUUUCUUCAGAUUUCUACUUAAGGGCAAGUAAUUUGAGAAUUCUGAAAUUAAGCGUGAUGCUUAGAUUGCAGUUUGUUUUGCAUUUGCUAUAAUUUUCAAAAUUAUUUUUGAAGCAAGGCAAAAGUUUAAUGUCAGCUUAAGUGCUUAAAUAUAUCAUGCUGACCAGAAUCUUGUUAUUUUUAUAUGCAUCAUAAAAUUUCCCAUUUCUGCAUUAAAUAAACAGAGGAGGGGGUCAAGUGAUACUUAGAUAUUGGCACACAGGGAACAACUGUUGGCAGGCAGUAUCAAUUUUAUGAAGAGAAAGUGAAGUUUGAAAACUUUUCAAACUUUUCUAGUUACAAUCCAGUUUUUCAGAUUUGAUGAUGCUUUUCCAAAGUGAAAAUAAGAUACACAAUAAUCAUUGCUCUGUGUGAUUACAGAUAGGAUUAUCCAUCUGCAUAGCCUUGUAAGAGUGCCAUUUUAUUUUUAGUGCUAAAUUCUUGGUAAAUAAUGUAGUUUUAUAUAGCUGAUAGACCAACCUAUAUCCAAACUUUUGUAAAAUAUUAAUUAUUCUUGUUUUUCUCACACAGGCAUACUUCAAAUGCUUCUUCCAGUUCAUUUUUCAGCCAGCAGUUCAAGAGCCAAUGCCUUUUUAAAAUAAAGCUUCUGUGGUCUUGUUUUUAAUGGCUCAACUGUCUGAUGCAAUUGAGUGAAGGUUUGCACUGAGAAAUUAUCGUUUAGGCCUUACCCCCAUGAAGUAUUACUGUUAACAUACGUUCAGACUGCUUCCCUUCACCAAUGUGAACAACUUUUUUUCCCAAACAGUGUUAAAAGCCACUUUGCAACACUUGACUUCAUCUUAAUGUACAUUCACUGUUGUUACAUACAUAUCUAAGUAAAUCAAAGUUUUGGGUGGAAGUGUUGAGAAGUAUGAGUUUUUUGUUGUUUUUGUUUUGUUUUACUUAAAAAUUUAAUUUAUCCAGAAUGGCAGUAGCUUUAGCAAGCAGAUGGUCACAAUCUGUUUUCUAAAUCAUUUUUUAUUAAAUGAAUCCAAAGUAUCCUAGCUCUUUGUCAAAGGUGGUCUAUAGAAAUGUUUUUAAAGAUUAGGGAUGCUGUACUUUUUGAAUUAUUGCAGUGUUGGAGAUGCCAUUUUCACCUUUUUAAAAAGAUGCAUUUUAUUUGCAGAUUUGUGAAGUUCUCGCAAACUCUUACUACAGAAACGUUUUAAGUAAAUUCUCAGGCAUGUUUGAAAAAAAUAUGGCACAUGUAUACAUUUUAGGAAAUGUUACUUUUGUUAAUCUUUAAAAAAUACACCUAAUGAAAGACAUUCCACUAUUAUGUGUAAUGCUCAGCUUUUUGUAAAGAAAUAUUUAAUUGUAUUUUGUGUUUAUACAGGUAUUUCACACAAUAAUUUGUUCUUAAUGCAGCCACUAUAACUUGAUAAGUCAUUGCACUAUUUAAAAAGUUUUAGUAAUAUCAUGAAUUUAAUUUGCUUAAGAUUUAGUACAUUUCUGAACUUUUGAACUUUUGACAAAUUGCAUUGGGAAAAGAAGUCUGUUAAUAGUGAUUUAGUCUCCCCGCCUCAUUCCCACCCCCAACAAAGCACUAUCAUUUUCAUUUGGAAUGGGUAUUUUCUGUUUCAUGAUGUAUUUUUAAAUAGAGUUCAGGAUCUGCAAUUCAGUUCAACACAAGUUUGUUGAGCUUUCAAAUGUAUUUGAAGUAAUAUUUAAAUAGGCAUUUAAAAUUUCAAAUUAGAUGUUAAAUUUAUGCAUAGUAAUUUUGCACUGUAAAAUAAUUCCCUUCUCCCAUUCCUUGUCUGCCAUUCUGAAUAUGCUUAUUAAAAUAUUUUUUUAAACAUA